AUGGCAAGCAACGAAGCAACGAUCCCGUGCAAUUCAUCAAGGCCCAUGCCGCAAUAUCACAAUAGAGACUCUCUACUCUCACUAAUUGGAUCGUCCAUCCAAUCUUCCGCAAGUCCACCUCCAGCGCUAUCCUUCCCGUUUUCCGCUUCCACUGCUUCUCGCAGCCACAGCUGCCAAAGUGUCUUGGAGAUUCUUGACGCGGUGGAGUUGAAGGGAAAAGAGUUGAAGCGAGAAGACUCUUAUGAGAUCGAUGACUUGUUCAAGCUUACCGGAGUGGACCUUCCUUCGCAUGGACCAAAGCAGUAA